GAAAAGCUAUCUUCAUCUUCAACUUCAAUAUCAACCAUUCUCAUUCCAUUUAAAGCACAAUAUUAAUUUGCUAAUUAAGCACGAGCUUUCGUGAUCCAGCUGAAAAUUAAAGAGAGAACGUAUUCGGGAAAUGGCUAAGCAAAUGGGUUUGAUGGGGUUGGGGUGCUUCAUCUUUAUGAUGGUAGCACUUCAAAUUAAUGGUGCAACUGCAACCACAUACGUGGUCGGAGACAGCUUGGGUUGGACUGUCCCUCCAAAUACCUCUUUCUACUCCGACUGGUCUAGCUCCAAGACUUUCCAUAUAGGGGACGAAGUUGUGUUCAACUGGACCGGAAAUCACAACUUUGCAGAAGUUUCAUCACUAGCUGAAUACGAAAACUGCACAAACCCAGGAAUUGUUUUUGGGCCAGGAAUAAAAGCGAACCUUUUGCAAAACGGUUCUCGCUUCUUCAUCUGCACCGUUGAUGACCACUGCGAAGCUGGACAGAAAGUGAUAAUCACCGUUGGAUCACCAACAAAUACCUCCCCUGCAGCUAGCCCUGCUCCUUCAUCUUUGAGUUUUGGUGUUGUAUUUACUGUUUUAACCUCCAUGGUUGGUUAUUUCUUCGCUUAGAUCUAAAUUGUUGUUAUGUUAAUAUUGAAGGUAGCGGAUUCAAUAAUUUUUUCUGUCUUAGUUCUAUAAAGACUGAAUAUGUAAAUUUAUAUUUGUAGCAUGUA